GACGCACGCAGAUUCCAUCGCAGUUAAUCGCCGCCGCAGCUUAUCUCGUCAAAUGUCUUGACUUCGGAUACUUAAUAUCCUUAUGUGUUCUUAUGUAUUCUUCUUCAGUGAUGGAUUUUCGUUUUGGCCUGAUUGCGAUCUUCCUGAUCAUUGAUGUGGCCUCUGUUCAGUUUACCGGUAAUGGCUAUGUUUUAAAGAAUUUAAACGAAAUUCAAUUUAGUCAUGGUUUCUCGCACACUUCUUAUUUUCAAUCACUUGUAAAUAACACAAUGUCAGUGCUUCAAGACAAUUUUUCUCGGUUUUCAAACGUUGGCAACUCAGUUGUACGAAAUAUUAUUCCAUUACAAAUUUCUAAUACAACUUUUCAUAAUAAAGAUUCUUAUAAAAUUCUUACUCCAAUUACACAUGCACCAGUCAGAUCAAAGAAUUUUUUACCUAUCAAUAAUGUAAACCAUCAGACCAGUUCGACAUCAAUAUUUAGGAAUGACCCUAUUGGAAAUAUUGCGAUCUCGCCAACCUUUACAACCAAUUCAUCGCGGGGCACAGACACAGACCCUUCAAGUUUACCAAAUCCUAUUACUCAGGGACAUAUAAAACAAUCAUACUAUUAUUCAUCAACAUCAAUUUCUUAUAUACCAGUAUUUAAUGCACCAUCAUCAGUUAAUGAUAAUUCUACAGCAUCUCGUACAUCUAUUCCUCCUAAAAUUGACUCUCCAAACACAAGCUUAUCGCCAUUGCAUACUCUGCCAUCCAUCAAUGAUAUUUCAAUGACAGCAAUUUCAGAACGUAAGUGCGAGGAAUAUGAGAAAGAAAUAGUACGCACGAUAGCGUCUGUGACUGGUUCAUCGUCGAACGUAAAUAACAGCUGCUUUAGUACGAAUCAUUUAGUGGUUGGUGACAAUCAGGCCCAAGUCAACGAGUUUCCUCACAUGGUCGCUCUGGGUACCCUCAAUUCCAACGGCUCCAUUCUGAUGUGCGGCGGCACGCUGAUUUCUCAUACCUGGGUACUUUCCGCUGCACAUUGCUCUCAUGGACCAAACGGUAGUCCAACUCAUGCAAGGAUAGGCACCCAUAGAUUGUCAGACCAGGCAGGCGUUAUGGUUCUCAUCAAAAAUAUUGUAAGACAUCCGGAUUAUGUUGCACCUGCGCAUUAUGCGAACAUAGCUCUGGUACAGCUCAUGAACGCCGUCACGUUUAGCAUAUCCAUACGACCAGCGUGUCUUUAUCAGCAGUAUGAUACUGUGCCUACUCAAACUUGGUUUAGCGGCUGGAACAUCACUCAAUACAAGGGAGAGGAUUUCAGUCGAGUGCAAAAGGCUCAACUGGAAACGAUAGACAAUUUAUUCUGCACAGUACGGCAUAACAUUUCCACAAAAAUUCCAUACGGUGUCACACCGAGUAUGCUCUGUGCCGGCGAUCCUCGCGGUAACUGGACCAAGGAUGGUUGCCAGAAAGAUUUCGGUGGUCCUCUGCAAAUAAUCCAUCCUGACAGAGAAUGUCUCUUUCAAGUGGUCGGUAUCUUCAGCUUCAGUAAAGGCUGUGGACUGGUCAGCAAUCCUGGUGUUUAUACCAGAGUGUCCCAUUAUCUUCCGUGGAUCGAAGAGAUUGUUUGGCCGCAAGAACAAGAGGGAGAGACGAGAGAGAGAGAGACGCACGCAGAUUCUAUAGCCGUUAAUCGUCGCAGUAAUUUAUGUCUGUCGUCAAAUGUCUUGACAUUGAAUACUCGAUAUUCUUGUGUGCAUUUCACGUGUUCCUCUUCAGUGAUGGAUUUGCGUCUCGACCUGGUGAAAUUCUGCGUUGUGAUCUUUCUGAUUCUCGAUGUGGCCUCUGUUCAAUCCACAGAGAAUGAUUCAAAAAACAAAAUAAAAUACUCAAACGAAUAUGGUCUUAGUGCGGUUAUCGAGAACAAUCCUUUUCUCCAUCCAUCAAAAGCUCAUAGGUCUACUCCUACUCCAAUUUCAAUUCAGAACCAGUAUCAUCCCACAUUCGAUUCAGAGCAAACAGAACGCAGUCGUACGUCUACUUCUACUCCAGUUUCAAUCCAGAACCGAUAUUUCAUAUUUGAUUCAGAGCAAUCAGUAUCAGAACGCAAAUGCCAGGAAUACAUAGAAGAACUUGCUGGCGUAACCUGGGUAUCGUCUCUGAUUGGUUCCCAGCCAAGCGCGACCAAGGUGGUUAAAAAUUGCGAGGGUACUGUGAAUCAAUUGGUGACUGGUGGCGAGGAGGCCCGUCCUGGCGAGUUUCCUCACAUGGUCGCUCUGGGUAAACAAAUUCCCCAGUUCGAGCUGGCUUGCGGCGGCACAUUGAUUUCUCAAACCUGGGUACUUACCGCUGCGCAUUGCACUCAUGGAGAAAACGCUCCAACUCACGCAAGGAUAGGCUUUCACAAGUUAACGGAUACAGCAGGCAUCACGGUUGCUAUCAAACGCAGUAUAAGACAUCCAGAUUAUGAGCCACCUGCGCUGUAUGCGGACAUAGCUUUGAUACUGCUCAUGAACCCCGUCACUUUUAGCAAAUUUAUUCGACCCGCGUGUCUUUACCAGCAAUAUUCUAUUCUACCUAGACAGGCUUGGGUUAGUGGUUGGGGCGUCACUGAAUAUAGCGGAGAGGUGAGUGAUAGCCUGCAAAAAGGUCAAGUGAAUUUGGUAGACAAUUUACGUUGUACACAAAAACACGAGACUUCCCUAGCAGUUCCGUAUGGAAUUACACCAACUAUGGUCUGUGCUGGUGGUAUUAAAAAUGACACAUGCCAAGGAGAUUCUGGAGGUCCUCUGCAAAUCCUACAUCCUAAUAGCAAAUGCGUCUUCCAAAUAAUCGGCGUCACCAGCUUCGGUGAAGGCUGCGCGAUGGGGAUCCCCGGUGUUUAUAUUAGAGUUUCUCAUUUUAUUGAAUGGAUUGAAAAAAAUGUCUGGCCAGAAGAACAGUAAUCGUUACUUGUUCCACUUUUACAAAAGAAAAGUUGGCUUACUCCAAUUAUUGCCUAUUGAAGUUAUUAUAGAUUGCAAGUGGCUAUGCCAUUUCAAUUGAAUGUGGUAAUGCAGUUGAAUAGUUCGUGAUUUUAACUAGAAUAUUGAAACAUAAGAAUAGAAAAUUCGUACGAAAGCAUGUAAUACACAAUGUGGAACUAACGCUAACCUUUUGAACUUUAGAAAUUAAGAGAUUGUAUUGUCGCAAACAAUUUGUCAUGUAUUAGCGUGAACAAUAAGUUCAUCGCCGUAAAAGCUGAGGAUUAAUGACAAUAAAAUAUGCCACCGGUUUUUGCAACAACGAA